GGGUGUGCAUGUGGACGAGUGUAGAGUGCUGGUCUUACUUUUACUCGGACACAGUGAUGGACUGGGAAAGAGCUAGAACCUGGUGCAGGAAGCACCACACAGACAUGGUUGCAAUUCAGAACCAGGAGGAGAUUGCACAUUUGAACAGCUGGCUGCCCAUGAGAAAAGGCUACUACUGGAUUGGGAUCCGCAAGAUCAAUGAUGUCUGGACCUGGGUUGGGACUAACAAGAUCGUGAGAUGCAAGCCGCUCAAGGAUCUUGAAAACGGCAACGUCACCUGCUCAAACAGCGAGACCAUUUUCAACACUCAGUGUUAUUUCACAUGCAAUCAAGAUUAUUUACUAGAUGGACAUAAACUGGUGAACUGUGAUCAUACUGGAAGCUGGUCUGGAAAGAAACCUACAUGCCAAGCUCCUCCGUCUUCUUCUACUGCCAUUACCACCGGAGUGACAGCAAGUGCUACUGCCUUGGCCUCUGGUUUGUCUAUGACCAUGUGGAUUUUAAAACGACUACGAAAGAAAUCAUCCAACUUUGAGUUGAUAAGCAACUCAGACAUAGAGACACCUCCAGAGGUCUACAAAAACAGUACAGACAGCUUGGACACCGAUUUCUCACUGAAUAUGAAGUGGACUGUGAUUUUUCUCCUUGGUUGUUCUGUAACUGAGAGCUCUUUGGGGUGGUCAUAUCACUACUCAAAGGAAACCUUUAACUGGACAAGUGCUAGAAAAUGGUGCCAAACUAACUUCACGGACAUGGUGGUUUUCCGAAACCAGAGAGAGAAUGACUACGUGGUAUCUCUGCUGCCAAACAAAACCGGAACCCCAUACUAUUGGAUCGGAAUCACCAAAAACCACCCAAAAGAUCCUUGGAUGUGGGUUGGGGAUAACAGCACAUGGAUUGGUGAUAAUUCGUGGGACCUGAAUGAGCCCAACAACAAUCACAGCACAGAGUUUUGUGUCGAGAUCUACGUCAACACAUCGCCAAAGCGGGGCAAGUGGAACGAUGAGAAAUGUUCCAAUGGAAAAUAUGCAGUUUGUUAUAAAGCUCAAUGCGAUGUGGCUACAUGCCAAAAAGGAACAUGCCAGGAGACCAUAGGCAACACAACCUGCCUCUGUGAUCCUGGAUUUGAGGGUGACAGGUGCCAAACACCUAUCAAAUGUCCCGCUCCAAAUCCAUAUGAUGACUACCUUAUCUGCUCAGAAGAAAAGUGGACAUUCAACACUACUUGUCAGUUUAAAUGCCAUCUUCUCCUCGUUAUUGGUUCGUCGCAAAUGUCCUGUGGGGCUGAUGGCAAGUGGACUGGCCCCAGACCUGUGUGGUGUGCAAGCUACAAACAGGCUCUAUUGGCUGUUGCUGGGUGUGGAGCUUUCUCUUCCUUCCUCUGCAUCUGUUUCUGCUGUAUAAAACACAGAAAAAGCAGCCAGAAGAUGCAUGCUCAUCCUAUGUCAGUUGAUUUAAGAAAUUUGCAUCACUGGGUGCUGACAGGAGCACUUAUUCUGUUUUCCAGAAACCCAAGCAGCAGAGGAAUAACACAGGCGUGGAUGUACAGCUACAGCCUAGGUCCAAACCAGCAAUGGCAUGAGGCCCGGCAGUGGUGCCAGAAGCACUUCACCGACAUGGUGGCCAUCCAGAACCAGGAGGAGGCCAUGUUUCUCAACAGCCUGUUGCCAUUUAACCCACAAUAUUACUGGAUAGGCGUCUAUAAGCAGGACGGAGAGUGGACCUGGGUGGAAACCAAUACGAAUAUACCUAUAGAUUCGCAAAACUGGGCAACAGGGGAGCCAGAUGACUCAGUGGACCAGGACUGUGUCGAGAUUUACAUCAAGAGGGCAGUAGACACUGUCAAGUGGAAUAAUGAAAAGUGUGAAAAACAAAAGGGAAUCAUCUGCUACAGUGCAUCUUGCACACAGGAGUCUUGCAGCUUCCAUGGAGACUGUAUGGAGACUGUGGGGGGUUAUAAUUGCACAUGCUCUCCUGGUUUUCUGGGUCCUCGCUGUGCAGAAGUCGAACAGUGUCCUGCACUGGACCACACAGCCUUUAGCAGCGGUAGCAUGAACUGCAGCCAUCCCAUUUCCACUCACGGCUACAGCUCCACCUGUGAGUUCAGGUGCAAUGAGGGCUACAAGCUGAUUGGACAGGACCGGACAAUUUGCAACCACACUGGCCGGUGGACAUCAAGUGUGCCAACAUGCAGCGUGAUAAAGUGCCCCACCAUUUCCUCUCCUGUUGUGGGAAGCAUGGCAUGUGUGGACGCUGUGGAGCCUUUCUCUUUCGGCUCACAGUGUAACUUUACCUGCCAGAGGGGCUACUACACGAGUGAAGACAAUAUACUGACAUGUUUGGCCUCUGGACACUGGGACAAACCUACACCUACAUGUACAGUGGUACAAUGUGACAGUCUAGAGGCUCCACUUCAUGCCACUAUUCAAUGCCAGGACCCUCACGGGAAGUUCAGCUUUGGCUCAACAUGCUCUGUGCGGUGUAACGAGGGAUUUGAUCGGAUCGGAACAAAUGUCACGAUGUGUUCUUCACGUGGCAUCUGGAGUAACGCACUUGCUGUAUGCCAAGCUAAGCGGUGUAGUUCAAUCAUUCAUCUUCUUCAUGGCUCCCUCUCCUGUUAUGACCCAAAUGGCCCCUUUAGUUUUGGUUCAAGGUGCUCAAAAACCUGUGAUGAGGGUUUUAUAUUGCAUGGGACAGCAGGCAUUGAGUGCACCUCUCUGGGGGUUUGGAGCGCAGACAUCCCUCACUGCAUUGCUCAGAGAUGCCCAGCCGUGCAAUCACAUCAUCAUGGCUCCAUGUUCUGCUCUGAUCCUCAUGGAGAGUUCAGUUUUGCUUCUCGUUGCACAGUAGCCUGUGAGGAUGGCUUUUUUCUGAACGGGACAGCUGACUUCGAGUGCACAAGUUCAGGCAAAUGGAACGUCGACACCCCGGUUUGCUCAGCAAAGACGUGCCCAACUCUUAAAUCUCCCCCUUACGGCUCUAUAGUUUGUUCUGGUCCAUAUGGGGAGUUCAGUUUUGGUUCUCACUGCACAGCGACCUGUAAAGAGGGUUUUGUCCUCAAUGGUCCAACUGACAUUGAGUGCACGGCUGGAAGUUCAUGGAACCCCAACAUCCCGCAGUGCUUGGCUAAAAGGUGUCCCACUCUCAGCUCUCCAUCUCACGGGGUCUUGGUCUGUUCGGCGCCCAAUGGAGAGUUCAGUUAUGGCGCUCAGUGCUCUUCAGCCUGUGAGGAGGGCUUUCUCCUAACGGGGACAGCUGAAAUGGAAUGUACCUCUGCAGGCUCAUGGAGCGGAGAAGCACCUCGUUGCCAGGCUGUGCAGUGUGAGGACUUGUAUAUUUUGUCCUUACCACUGUCCAUGACUUGCUCUCAUCCACUGGGGAAAUUCAGCUUUGGAUCUCAGUGUCUUUUCACUUGUGAAGACGGGUAUUCCCUAAAUGGCACUGCAUUGUUGCUUUGUUCCUCCACUGGGCUUUGGAGUGAUACCAUGCCCAACUGCAUAGGCAUAUCAAUGGGGACUAUGUGGCUGUUGUACACUGGCUAUGGAGCAGCUUCUGCUGUUGCAAUACUUUGCCUGAUUGGACUGGCCUUUGUGAUAAUGAUGAAGUUUCAGAAAAGAGGAAAAACUGCCAUGCCCGAUGAUCCAAAAUGGGGAGAAGAGAAGAAUCUUACAUCUGAAUUUUGAUUUUUUUCCAUUUUUAUUGGACCUUGUUUAAGGCUUGCUGCUCUUAUUACAGCCAAAAUAAAAUGUGGGAGUUAUCAUGGUACUUCUCUGUUUUCAAUUCAUUGUUAUAAGAGAAUACAAUUUGUGUAUCUUACUUGAAGUCUGUGUGCAGCUGGAGCUUUGUACCGUGUCACAGAUAAAUGUGUGUACUUUUCCUUUUUGUUUAAUCUUCUUUUAAAUGGCUGACUCGAUCAUAGUUUUUUUUUUAAAUCAAUAAUUUAUUCACCAUUCUUUUAACAUUAACCUGGGACAUACAGUAGAAUGUAGAAUGGCUCUUUCUUGCAAGUGACUCAACAGAAACUCUUGGAGGUCAUGAUUACACUUGAAAAGUACGCGGUCAAAUGCAGAAAAAGCCGACAAUCCUCUGUUUGACAAUCUGCCAUAAAGUGUCAGUUAAGCAUAUUUAAUGACCAGGCAGCUCCUUUAGCAGGAGGGUGAUCUAUUAUCAGUUACACUUGGUUUAAAUUCAAUACAG